AUGAUGGACCUUCAGGAGACGCAAAGAAUCACCCUUGAAUACCUCCAUGUCCUAGCCGAUCAGUUCCAGCGUGUUCCCGGCUCAGCCAUCGUGCUCCGGUACAUCAAGUCAAGUUAUCAGAAUGACCCUGUUCGUUCGGCCGUGGAGCUUUUCCUGUUCCUGUUCGCAGUGAGAUAUCUUCUUGCACCGAAGUACUCGACCAAGCGUGACUUCGUGCCUCUUUCAGAGGAGGAGAUCGAUGAUUUGGUAGACGAUUGGACUCCGGAACCUCUUGUUACACCCCCGACAACACAAGACGAAGAAGAUGUUGAGAAACGAGUUGUACUUACUGGUCCUACCGGUCCAAAAUCUAAGCUUGUAAACGGACGAACUGUUACAAACCUUGCAUCAUACAACUUCUACAACUUCGUUGCAAAUGACGCUCUGAAAGAGAAAGCCAUUCAGACCGUUCGAACGUACGGUGUUGGACCAUGUGGCCCUCCCGGAUUCUAUGGAACUCAGGACGUGCACAUGCGGACUGAGGCUGAUGUUGCUACAUUCCUCGGUACUCCUGCUUGUAUUAUCUAUUCUCAGGCCUUCUCGACAAUCUCCAGUGUUAUUCCGGCAUUUUCCAAGCGUGGUGAUAUCAUUGUUGUCGACAAGGGAGUUAAUCAUGCUAUUCGGAAAGGUAUUCAGAUCUCGAGAAGCACAGUCAGAUGGUAUGAGCAUAACGAUAUGGAUGACCUGGAACGCGUUUUGAGCAAAAUUACCAAGGAGCAGGCAAAGAAGCCGCUAACCCGGAGAUUUAUCAUCACCGAGGGGUUGUUUCAGGAUAAGGGUGACAUGUGUGAUUUGCCCAAGAUCGUCGAGUUGAAACUUCGAUACAAGUUCAGACUUAUCCUGGAUGAGAGUGUCUCCUUUGGUGUGCUUGGCCGUACUGGCCGUGGUAUCACUGAGCACCAGAACGUCGACCCGGCAGAAGCUGACAUGAUCAUCGGCUCCUUGUCUGGAGCGUUCAUUGGCGGCGGCGGCUUCUGUGCCGGAUCUAAGGAAAUUGUCAACCACCAGCGUAUCUCUGCCUCUGCCUACUGCUUCUCUGCUGCCUUGACUGCCCUGUUAGCCACGACUGCAAGCGAGACUAUAACGCUGUUGCACAAUAGUCCCGAGCUCAUCGUUCAACUCCGAGAGAACAUCAAGACCAUGUGGACUCAACUCGAUCCUCGCAGUGACUGGGUAUACUGCACUAGUUCUCCAGAGAACCCCGUCAUGAUGCUUGUGCUCAAGCCCGAAGUGGUCUCGUCCAAACGCCUCACCAUCGAGGAUCAGCACCACAUCUUACAGGAAAUUGUCGAUGAGACUCUGGCUAACGGAGUACUUAUCACCCGUCUCAAGCCUGUCCCUGAUGAGACUGCCUCUAAACAGAACUAUCUCCCUCCUGCCCCUGCACUCAAGGUCUGCAUUACUACCGGUUUGUCCAAGAAGGAGAUCGAGAAGGCAGGCAUCAUCAUCCGUCAUGCUAUCACGAAGAUCCUUCGACAAAAGCGAUGA